AUGGUCUUUACAUCAGCCUUUUAUGCCUCACCAACCCCUCCGACAGAUACUGGUUACGGGACGCUCUACGUGUCCGAUUCCACGGGCACCGUUUUCUCGGAAUCCCUGAGACGUCAUCUUUAUCCAAAUCAUUCGCCAGUGACCGACUUCUUCCGCGUAGCCUCGAUGCGUGGCACUUUUCUGGCCACUCAGCUCAAUCCCGACAGCACUCUGCGUACGGUUAUUACCCACGACCGUGGCGCGACCUGGAAACCGCUGCCCAUUCCUGAGAACAUGGAACAACAAUGUGGCGGUGGCGGGAACCAAAGCAGUACUGGAACCUCUUUCAACCCUGUGGGCGAAGACGCCAACUCGCAACGCUUUCAGUCACCCGCUUCCCCACUCUCCGUAAGCAGUUCGACUGACGCCGCCUCAGCUCAGAAUGGUAGCUCCACCUCCCCUGAGAAGGGCGCAUCCCCAGGAUACAAAAAAGUGAGUGCGAAAUACUUCCAGCCUAACAUUUUUCGGGUGUCAAAAAAAAUUAUUCAGUCUGCUAUCUUAGUGCUGAAGGAUUACUAAGAUAAAGGGUGACAGUGUUCAUCGAUAUAAGCAGAUUUGGCAUCCGGUAUGAUAGUGGUUUAUACCGUACUCCGGUACUAGCUGAAAGUCAAUACGCGUGUUCUGCCGAUGUUUCUGCUGUUGUAUAACGCAAGUGGGAGAUAUCCGACCCCUCUGUGUCCCCAGCGUUCCAUAUGUUAGCUUAUGGCACGUGAAUUCUAAAGAAAUAUCGACUCAAUAAGGUCAGCAAUAGUUAAGUACAGGAUUGUGAUUCAAGUGCCUCGGACAUUACCCUUUUGGUCAGAUCCGAAAUUCCAAUGAGUAGUAAAAUUAAAUUCAGCGACUUAACUCUAUAGUGUGCACUGUACAAACGCGUAUUACCACUAGUAGUAUAAUUUCAAAUGACAGUGGUUUAUACCGUACGGUAUAAACUUAAAAAUUAUUAGUUUGAUUUUUAUGUAGUGGUGGAGGGGCGCUCACCGAUCGUGCUACGGAACUCACUGGUUCAGUUGUGCCUUAAAGCUCUCUCUGGAGCCCAACCAGCAGUCGCAAGGGGGCGUGUAAUACAGGCAGAAUAACAUUACCGACAAAGAGAAGGGCGACUGGAAUGGGCAUUUAUGUCUUAUUAGCCGUCGUCAGCUAGUCAUACCCGGUCCAGAAGUGUGAAACACCUGCGGUUCGCGCCACUGUGCGGCUGCUGGUUGGGCUCGAGAGAGAGAGAGAGACGCCUAAGGCGCAACGGACUAGUGAGUUCCGUACCACGAUCGGUGAACGCCCCUCUACCAUCGUAUAUUCCCGAUCGCAACCGACAGGACGACGAGCCUUUUGCUCAGUGGUUAAGGGGUUGGGCCUCUAAAAAACAGACCGCUGAAUGGAUCCCAGGUGUUGCACACCUCAGGGUUGGGUAUGGCUGACUGAUGACAGUUAAGGAAUCAGAAAUGGCCAUCCAAGCCUCCCUUGUCUUUAACUGUAAUGCUUUUCCGCAUAUAUCUAUGAUGAAGGGACGCUGAAUAUCUCCAGUUGCUCUUUUCCUUGUCAGUAGUCUUAUUGUGCCCACUCAUACGUAUAUGUAUAUCGGAAAAAUGCCAUCCUUAGAAAUUUACUUAUAAAUAGGCAAUACUCUGGGAACAAAAUAAUGUCUAAUGCAAAAAGUUUCGAGGCUGGUUCCCCUACGCAUCGUCAUACUUAUGAGACAUUUACAAAAACUAUUGACCAUUCAAAUGUGUGUAAGAAGUGUUUCUAUGGUUGGCCGAAGUCCGCGUCAGUACGCGUUAAUGCUGCUGCCAAGACGCUGGCCUAUGACUGAGACGGACGCGCUAUCGAGUCAAAGGCUUAGUAACAAAACGGAUCCUGGCAAACAUCUCAGUUUUGCCGUACGCAUGUAUGGGGUACAGUUGGCUAGCGACAGUAAAUAGAUCGAAAACUUUCGUCCUUGUCACUUUUUCCCUUGUAGUCAUCAUUUAUCCAGCAUACGGUAAAUGACAAAAUUUCUACAAAGUUAGAUGACCACGUAAGCAUUUUUCGAGCGCAGAGGAGGACGCACACUCCUGCAUGAGCGGUACAAAUUCAUAAGCUGUUUUCCACCACACCUUUUAUUUGCACAAACUUUUAGCAGAAUACUUCUUUACUUGUCAUGGUGAUGGCACACAUGAUCAACUCAUGGUCCAUAAUACAGGACCGUAUUAAGUAUCUUUGCUGUACCAUAAUUAUGAACUCAUAGCUGCGGUUAAGCUUCUUCCUGAUCCACCAGAGUCGACUUGUGUUCACUGCGUCGGAGCUCUAGUAAGAUCAGCAAAAGUAGGGUAGAAAAUAAUGCACUCUUUUUGAUAUUUCUCCCUUAACUGUGUUACCACAGAGGUCAUGUCGAUGCUUGCGCCGUCUUUCAAGAACCCAUAUUGAGUCUCUAAUGUCUGUCCCAGUCCCAGGUACAAGGUCGUGCAACUUAACGAAAAAGACCAUAUGCCAUUUGUACAAGAAUAUUUCUAAGUAGUAUUCACUGCCUGGUCGAGUUUAGUUCUGUUUUCUGAAGUGCAAGGCAGUGUCCUCUUGAAGCCCUGUAUCCCCACCUUAAAAGGUGGGUAUUUGUCGAGGUUGAUAGCCACCGUUAUUAUACGCAGUCGGACAAAAUGUGGAGCCCCCAGUUGUCUGUCGAGAUUGCCUAGCGUGUGCACAUAAUAAUCUACGCCUAAAAUUAGGGUCGUGACACGCGGCAUUCGUGGUGAUUAACUGGGUUGACUGCAGUUCCUGUGCGGCAUAACUAUUGGUUCGAAGUCAGCAUGUGAUCCGACAGGGAAAGUAUAGUGGCUGCUCGGGGUGCUAAAGACAGAUAGCUCAAAGCUUGGGUUUACAACUGUUUGGGGAAUUCCGAAACUACAGGUAAUUAUCAGUGAAUGCCGGAAAGCGGUUGCCCAAAGGUAAUGACGAAAGAGGAUAGGAGGUUACUGGAUACGUUCUUUUUGGUAGACUUGGAUACUUUCCACUUUCUAGAAGGAGAAGAAGAAGAAGAAGAAGAAGAAGGAGGAGGAGAAGAAGAAGAAGAAGAAGAAGAAGAAGAAGGAGGAGGAGGAGGAGAAGAAGAAGAAGAAGAAGAAGAAGAAGAAGAAGAAGAAGAAGAAAAAUGGGAUUCAAACAUCUGCCUAUACUCUAAAAAGAGUUUUGAAAAAAAAUACGGUUUAA